AUGCUACGGUACCAGUCCAUUGGGUCAAGGGACGUUGGGGAGCACACAAACGUUAUCUACUCUGUGAACUUUUGUCAUGCGCUCACUUCGCUCAUUGUUCACCCAUGCUUCGAGGAGAAUGCCGACAAGCUGGUACAGGCCUUGCAAUAUGCAAUCGUAUGUCGCCUGGAUGAUCGACACCUGUGGCCUUGCGACCACUACGACAAAACAGAUUGCCCAGUUUUACGUAGGAUGUUACUGAGACUCGAGUAUUGCGGCGAUUUGGGAUCUCGAAUUCCUAUUUAUAUGAUAUAUGCCUCUACCAGAGCGCAUGUGCUGAACGAGCACGCCUUUCAGUCAUCUUCCAACGGUCCCCUCGAUCGCUCCGACGACAAAAGUACCGGGCAUGCCACCCACGGCCAUGACGCUUCUGAACGUAUCACUACUUCUCAGCGAGACGUAGAUAGUGCUGCUGGAGAGACCUCUCUUACGUUGGAGGAGGGUCGUCUGUUGACAGAGGAGAAUCGCGAACUGAGGGAGAGAUUGAGGGCUGCAAAUGAGCGCAUUCGUUCUAUGGAGGCCAACUUCAACGAGUUCAUCGAGGCAUGGGCGAGAACACUCAAUGGAGGAUCAGCAUAA